CCUUUUUUUUUAAAAAGGCUAUAAAUUCCUCCAUCCUCGAAGGGACACAGGAAAUGUAGAGUUGCGAGAAAGAUGAGCUCCAGCCUCUCGCAUCUCACACCUGUCCUCCCCAUCACAACCAGUAAAGCUCCGCCAACUCCCUCCAGGUCAAGCCCCUCUUCUUCUUCUUCUUCUUCAUCUACUGUCUUCCACACUCUGUCACCAAGAAUCCAUAUUCCUGCUCAUGUAUAUACGCACCCUUCAGCUCUACUCCUUGAGCUCUGCACUUCCUUGAAAGAGCUUCACCAAAUUAUUCCUCCCAUCGUCAAGAACGGCCUCUACAAUGAGCAUUUGUUCCAAACCAAACUCGUCAGCUUGUUCUGCAGUUACGGUAGCGUAAACGAAGCUGCUCGUGUUUUCGAGCCCAUCGAAGAUAAACUCGACGCGCUUUAUCACACUAUGCUCAAAGGGUAUGCCAAGAACUCCUCGUUAGACAGUGCUGUGUCGUUUUUCUGUCGAAUGAAGCUUGAUGAUGUCAAGCCUGUUGUCUAUAAUUUUACUUAUUUGUUGAAAGUUUGCGGUGACAAUACGGACCUUAGGAAGGGUAAAGAGAUUCACGGGCAGGUAAUAACUAAUGGGUAUGCGUCCAAUGUGUUCGCAAUGACCGGGGUUGUCAACUUGUAUGCAAAGUGUAGACAGAUCGAUCAAGCUUAUAAGAUGUUUGAUAGAAUGCCCGAAAGGGAUUUAGUAUCUUGGAACACGAUUAUUGCGGGAUUUGCACAAAAUGGGUUGCCAAAAGUAACGUUUGAGUUGGUUUUACGGAUGCAGGAGGAAGGGCAGAAGCCUGAUUCGAUCACAUUGGUUACUAUCUUGCCUGCUGCUGCAGAUAUUGGUUCUAUGAAGAUUGGAAAUUCAAUCCAUGGGUAUGUUGUGAGAGCUGGGUUUGGAUCACUUGUAAAUAUUUCUACCGCUUUGGUGGAUAUGUAUUCAAAAUGUGGAUCAGUGGGGACUGCUCGUUUAAUCUUUGAUAGGAUGAAACAAAGAACUGUUGUUUCCUGGAAUUCCAUGAUUGCUGGGUACGGACAAAAUGGGGAUGCUGAGGAAGCAAUGAAAAUUUUUCAGAAUAUGUUGGAUGAAGGGUUUGAACCAACCAAUGUCACCAUAAUGGAAACCCUACAUGCGUGUGCUGAUUUGGGAGAUCUUGCACGGGGGAAAUUCAUUCAUGAAUUAUUGGAUCAAUUGAAACUUGGAUCUGAUGUUUCUGUCAUGAACUCUUUGAUAUCUAUGUAUUGCAAAUGUAAAAGAGUGGAUCUUGCUGCUAAAGUAUUUAAAAACUUGCGGGGCAAAACCCUUGUCUCAUGGAAUGCAAUGAUAUUAGGUUAUGCUCAGAAUGGACGGGUGAAUGAGGCUCUGAGACACUAUUGUGAGAUGCAAUCACAAAACAUAAAACCAGAUUCAUUUACGAUGGUGAGUGUGAUUCCUGCUCUUGCCGAGUUGUCAGUCACACGACAAGCAAAGUGGAUGCAUGGAAUUGUAAUAAGAACUUGUUGGGACAAAGAUGUCUUUGUCGUGACUGCUCUUGUCGACAUGUAUGGUAAGUGUGGAGCUAUUGACACUGCAAGAAAGCUCUUUGAUAUGAUGCAGGAGCGGCAUGUGACAACAUGGAAUGCCAUGAUAGAUGGAUAUGGGACACAUGGUCUUGGAAAAGCUGCUGUAGAAUUGUUCAAUGAUAUGCAAAAGGGAACCAUCGAGCCAAAUGACAUAACUUUUCUAUGUGUUAUCUCCGCUUGCAGCCACUCGGGUUUGGUGGAAGAGGGACUCUCUCUCUUUUCCAGCAUGAAGAAAGAUUAUGGUUUAAAGCCCACCAUGGAUCACUAUGGAGCUAUGGUUGACCUUCUUGGUCGAUCUGGAAAGCUCAACGAGGCUUGGGAUUUUAUUCAAGGGAUGCCUAUUGAGCCUGGGAUUACUGUAUUUGGUGCCAUGUUAGGCGCUUGCAAAAUUCAUAAAAAUGUUGAGUUGGGGGAGAAGGCAGCAGAGAAACUGUUUGAGUUAAACCCGGAUGAGGGUGGGUACCAUGUACUCCUCUCUAAUAUAUAUGCCACAGCUUCAAUGUGGGACAAAAUGGCGAAAGUGAGAACCAUGAUGGAGAAGAAGGGGCUUCAAAAAACACCUGGCUGUAGUUUAGUGGACUUCAAAAAUGAGGUUCACUCUUUCUAUUCUGGAAGCACGAGGCAUCCCCAAUCCAAAAGAAUAUAUGCUUUUCUUGAGAAGCUGGGAGAGGUGAUUAAGGCUGCUGGUUACGUGCCUGAUACCAAUUCGAUUCAUGAUGUGGAGGAUGAUGUUAAGGAGCAGUUGCUUAAUAGCCAUAGUGAGAAGCUGGCUAUCUCGUUUGCACUGUUAAAUACCAGUCCUGGUACAACCAUACACAUCCGAAAAAACCUUCGAGUUUGUGGCGAUUGCCAUAAUGCAACCAAGUACAUUUCUCUUGUGACUGGUCGGGAAAUCGUAGUGCGUGACAUGCAUCGGUUCCACCAUUUCAGAAAUGGAACCUGUUCCUGUGGAGAUUAUUGGUAAUGUUCAUCACACAGAUGUUAAUUUUUGGGUGUUCUUAGCAUGGAUAAAAGGGUUCUAGCAUGAAGUUUGGUUGUUGCUGUAAUCCUGAAACAUCAAUGCCCAAUAAAGUGCAAACGAAUUUCUUAACGGCCAAAAAAAUAGAUCUGGAAGCAGGGCUGCUAUUUGUGUCACCAAAUAACGUAAUUGAAUUUCAUCUUGUCAUGUUCAUUUUAUUCAGUUGACUUGCUAUCAUAAGAUAAGAAGAUUAGGAUUGAAUCCUUCAUGUACUUUUGCUGCUUCCCAUUGACUUCUCUAAUGAAUCUUUAGUCCUUGCGGC